CAGAUAACGUUUCAAGCGCUCAAGAACUUCAGUGGCAGCUGUAAAAGUGUUCGCAAAGUGAGAGUGAUUGUAUUUCAAGCUCAAAUGAUGCAGGAAUUUUUGCAAGAGCAGAAGAGAAACUCAAUGCAAGAUUUGGAGAAAGAAGAAAGCGACUCAUCUUCAGAUGAGACAGAUCCUGGCCAGCCAAGAAUGCGUGUAAGAAGUCCAGUAAAACAAGCAAGUCUCGACCACUCUGUGCGAAUUGGUGUGAUUGGCAAGAAAAAGGCUGAAGUGGAAAAAGCCGUGGAAUCUUUGAAGAAAGGUUUCUCUGAAGCUUGUACAACCAAGAAAGUCGAGAACAAAGUUAUUAGUCAACUUUCUCAUAAACAGGUAGUCAGCCUGAAUAGAAAAGCCGAGGACCAUGACGUCAAACUUGUAGUCGAGGCUGAUGUUGAUCGCAUUGUCGUACGGGGUCAUCCGACUGAAGUGUCAGAUAUGGUCGAGGAGAUCUGGAAAGAGAUUAACGAGAGGACAAAGAAGAACCAAGAGGAAGAACAGGCGCAACUGGUGUCAAGGAAUAUAGAAUGGAGUUAUGAAAUACAUGGUAGCGAAAUGCUUUUCGAUCGGAAAACAAACGCCAAAAUUGAGAUGGCGAGCAGUAAAGAUGAGCCCAGAGUGCAAGUACCUUUACUUAGAGAGCAGUUUGUUAUCGAUUUGAGGGCAAAAUCUGGCCGCGGACUACGAACCGGUAAUCAAAUUACACUGAAGAGGAAGGUGAAGGGAGCUGAAGAAGGAAUUGCUCUUCCCGAACACUGGGCGCCAAUGCCAAGUGCUGACAUGACAGUGCACACGGUUCCACUCUCACAAAGUUCCACUGAGUACAAGGAUGUCCUGCGCAAGUUCCAAGCUACCGCUGGUGCAGUGAAUAUUCAAAAAAUAGAACGAAUACAGAAUCCCCAUCUUUACCAGUUUUACACGGUGAGAAAACAGAAGAUGAACCAAGACCUCGGAAGAAAUAGUGAACGGCAGUUGUUUCACGGAACCGACGCUAAAAAUGUCAGCCAAAUCAACACUCAAGGAUUUAACAGAAGCUUAUGUGGGGCCCAUGGAGUUGCCUUUGGACGCGGUGUGUAUUUUGCAAGAGACGCUCAAUACUCACUUGGUUACGCAAGAGGAGAAGUCGGGGCCCGCCACAUGUAUCUUGCCCGGGUCCUGGUCGGAGAGUAUUGUGUAGGCAGCUCUUCAAUGAUUGUGCCUCCCCGAAAGAACCCUUCAAGACCUGAGAUAUUGCAUGAAUCAGUGGUUGAUAAUCAAGGAAACCCGUCUAUUUUUGUUGUAUUUUUUGAUAGUCAGUGCUACCCUGAAUACCUUAUAACUAUGCAGUAGGCAAAAUCCUUGUGUCGACAUUCUUGGUAGAAAUGUAGUUUGCUGUUCAAUCAGUUAGAUUUUAAUUAUGCACUGUUUACCUGGUUUAGUCGGAGAGAGCAGUGAAUGCAAUGUAGUGACUAGUGUUUUUCUAUGCACUUUUUAGAUUGCGUUUUUCCUUAGCUUACGGUGGUUUCAAAGGCCGUUUGUCCCGUUUCCGGGGAAGGGGUACUCUACAAAGUU